AACGUUCACCACACGUUUGUUCCACAGCGCUCGAAGAAGAGCAGUGGUCUAAAGUGGCAAGUUUCAUAGAAGGAUGGCGGAUAACAAGCAAAACAGAAGGGCUUUCACCGAUGACGGAGCAGGGCCGCAGGAGGAGGGAGACAGAGUGAAAACUAAGCCUGUCUCUUGUAGCUCUGUGGGAGGAGAAGGUACCGCAGUCAAACGCAAAUCCCAGCAACUCAUACCUGAAGAUGAGGACGAUUCCUCUGAAGACUCACCAGCUCCCCCCAAAAUCUCCAAGAUAGGCUUUAGCAUGACCAGUCCCAUGGCGAAGAAGUCAAACCCCAUAUCCAUCAAACUUGGAGCAACAAAACCCAAAGAGCCUGCACCUUCCGCACCUCCAAAAAAGUCAGGGCUGGCGUCUGUUUUUGACGAAGAUGAUAGUGAACCUGAGGAGAUGCCACCAGAAGCAAAGAUGAGGAUGAAGAACAUUGGCAGAGAGACACCAACAUCUGCAGGUCCAAAUUCCUUCAACAAGGGCAAGCAGGGUUUCUCUGAUCAUAAAAAGCUUUGGGAGAGGAAGAUGAAGGCCCAAGCAGACAAUCUGUAAAUGACAUCAACCAUUUGUGUCACUAGUUGAUGAUUGUGUAUGGUUUAAACCAUGUCGGAGAUAUCUAUGAAGGAUCAAAUAAUUCCUUGCUGCAGUUUUGACAUCCUCUCAACUUUGUGGCAAGCUAUGAAUAAUAAAUAGUGACGUUUACAUUUCUAACCACUAGUGGCUGAUGUUACCUGAGAGGAAAUGGAUCAGUCUGUCAACCCUCUCUGAUCAAGGGUGCCGACUGUGAUACUGUAGAUAAGGGAUAAAUACAUUGGCCCGAAUAUAGUUUAAAAUGUGCUUUCUGCCAGCUUCUUAAAAAAACUACAAUCUAAGAGCCCUGAUGCCCCUUUUGUGACAUGCAUGUUCAGACCUGAAGCUGGUAAGCUAGCUCUUACGGUCACUUGUUACAUAUUUGUAAGUGUGAUAUUGUUUUAUUUUUCAAUCCAUAAAAUGGGAUUGUGUGUUGAGUUUAUAGUCAUCAUAUCAAUGCUGUGUGCACAGCAUUGAUUAGAGCUGCAGAUGUUUUUGUUCCUUUCAUUUCUCAACACCAUUGUACAACCCUUUUUUUCACCAGCUGUGCCCGCCAUAGGCAGUUUGUCUGUUUUCUGUUCUGUUUGUUUGAGCUUUGGGCCAGUAUUUCUGGGUUUGUUUACUCAAUACUAUAUUUCUGUCUGUAACCAGUCUGGCCAAAUGUGGCUUUGAACUUUUCUUAUUUUCACAUUGAAAGGACUGAUACUGUUAUUUGUGUGAAGACUGCCUUUAAAAGGAUACCAGACUGCUGGUAAUACUUAUAGUAAAUAAUUUAUGGGGGUUUAAACUGCAAGUAAGCAAUGAUUAGGUACUGGUAAAAACGUUUCCUCGCCACUUUUAAAUCAGGAACCCCAUGCUUCAGGUAUAUUACCACACUCCUUCUAGUUUAGAUAAAUAGGGUGACUCAGUGACUUCUCCUUUGCCUCCUUUUGGAAAAUCCCCAUAAUCAGAAACUCUGUAUUCCUCAGUGGGUUACCCGCCUGUAAUGCUCCCCCAAAUGGGUCACAUUAUUAUCCAAUGUUAAGACCUUUUGAAUACAUAUCUAUAUAGUCAAUCAAAUAAAACAAUUCGGAAUGAUA